CUCCACGCCGGCCAGCGCAGCGUGUCGUCAGAGGAGUGCCGCCCUCGCCUCGCCCCGUGCGCGCCGGUCCAGAGACACAAGCUCGGCGGCGUCGACUUCGCCGCGCCGUGCGCCGCGCGCGAGUGGACCGUGUCGUUGCCGUGACCGAGUGCAUCUCUCUGUGUGCGGCCCCCCGUCUGUCCCAGGGCGUGGCCGGCCCUGCCCGGCCCCCCGGACCCUCCUGGAUUAGACGGAAGCAGCGGGCGCGCCGCGGAUUUGUAGCGACAUGUGAUUGGGCCGCUGCCACCAUCGCCGCCAGGAUGCCGACGGCGUCCUGCAGGCGUUCCUGCAGGCGCCCCUGCAGGCCAUAAUCUCCCGCGUGUCACACCGGACCUCCAGCCAUGGAUCUGCCUCUGCUCGCCCUGCUCGUCCUCACGGGCUGCGUGGACCUACUAGUAUCCAUCGCCCCAGGUUCCAACAAUAUUCCGGAUGCUAACGGCAAUCACAAGGAUGACGGCUCCGAAGAUUCACGGAGAAGCCACCGCACCUUCCAGCAGGAGGGCGUCGCCUUGUCGGAGCCGCCUUUCUUCGACCUCACCGUGCCCACCAACCUCACGGGACUGGUCGGCAAGACGGCCUACCUCAACUGCAGAGUCAAGAACCUGGGGAACAGAACGGUGUCGUGGGUGCGGCACCGGGACAUCCACCUGCUCACGGUGGGCCGCUACACCUACACGUCGGACCAGCGCUUCGAGGCGGUGCACUCGCCGCACACCGAGGACUGGACGCUGCGGAUCCGCUACCCGCAGCGCAAGGACUCGGGGCUGUACGAGUGCCAGAUCUCGACCACGCCGCCCAUGGGCCACUCCAUGUACCUCACCGUCGUCGAGCCCGAGACGGACAUCAUCGGCGGCCCCAACCUGUACAUCCACGAGGGCAGCACCAUCAACCUCACGUGCGUCGUCAAGUUUGCCCCCGAGCCGCCCAGCUCCGUCAUCUGGAGCCACAACCACGGGGUCAUCAACUUCGACUCUCCUCGUGGCGGCAUCAGCCUGGUGACGGAGAAGGGCCCCGUGACGUCGAGCCGGCUGCUGAUCCAGAAGGCGGGGCCCUCUGACGACGGCGACUACACUUGCGACCCGGCCAGCGCCAACCCGGCCACGGUCCGAGUGCACAUCCUCAACGGAAACGCACCCUGCUCCGGAUUAACGCCGUGUCUGCUCCCUCCCACGUCUGAGCCCGAACCAACACCUGUUGUUGAGAACGCGUCCGCGGCUCCAGUCGUUAGUACAUGAUGGGUUGUCCUAUUCUGAAUCUGGUGAGCACCCUGCCGCCAUGCACCACGGCUCCGGGGGCGCGCUGCUGCCCCGGGUGCUGAUCUGCGCGCUCGCGCCCUACCUCACCCUCGUGGCGCUCCGGUAGCAAGUCGUGAUCGGCGCGCCCCGCCACGGCACGCGCUGAGAGACUGAGUGCGAGCACGAGGUGCGAGUGACCUGAGAGUGAUGGACUUGCCUUGUGCCUGCGGCUGCAGCCGGCACCGCGAGGGAGGUCGGCCGGAGCCUCUCGACUGACUCAUCACCGCGCGGACAAGCGCAGCUCACCAGAGGCGGCAACUCAAGAAUCACAAACCUGUCGUUUUAAAAACGUCCAUAGUUUGUUGGAUUUUUUAAAAUUAUUUUUUUUUACCUGUUAUGGAUUAGUAAUACUAACAUUGUUUUUUCCUGCUGUCUGUUCAUUAACAAUCAUAUGGCUGUAUACGUCACAGCAACGUCAAUUUGGUGUUCCACACGAAAAUCUCUACAAACUUUUUACUGUAGGGUCCACAUGAACAAAAUUUUCCAGACAUUGUAUGUUUGUAGACAUAUCAAAACACAGAAAGUGGGUCUCUUAAAUAUUAGCCAUCAUAACGUUACUGACCAUCAAAAUUUGCCUCUGUGGAAACCUCAAAAAUGUAUCAUGGUUUUGACUUACCAUAAAUACCUACUAUGUAUAUUUUAUAAUUUCCAUAAUUUUGGGAAAGUGGCCUGUAGAAUUAAAGAGUUGGUAUAAAAUUCUCUGAAUGACAUGGAAAAAGGAAAAAAAAAUAUGGGUACAGUUAACUUUUUAGAACAAUCUAAAAUUAACAACAAAACCAUGGGCAUAACUUUGAAAAGAUAGUCCGUCCGAAGACUGGGGUAGAAUGUCUGGUCAGAUUCAUGUAGUGAGAGAUACACUCAAUCGUGAAGAAAAUGCAAGGAAAUGUGUGUGCUUAAAGUUAUAGCAGGAAUAACCCACAAGACAUUCUGUGGACCAUAUACAAUACACCAAGGGCAGCAAGGGAUCAUGGACUCCCAGGAAAAUGUUGUUAUGCCAUCAUUAUGAUGUCUUUUAUGAAUGGCAAGGUCACAAUUUUUUCACUUAUGUGGUCACUGGUCAUGUCCCUGUGAGAACACAAAGUCAAAACGGAGUCAAAAUGGAGUCAAAAUGGGGUCGUCAGAGGUCACUUAGACCUGCAUGGGAGGACCAUAUUCUGACAUUAAAGCUCAAAAUUAUAUCACUCUGACGUCAUUCUGGCAGAAGCGUUCUCUUCAGGGUGGAAAACGUAAGUGCAACCCAUGUGACAAAAACGUUUUCCUGAGGUAGAGGCCCCAUCUAAAAAGAAACUUUGUACCAGAGUGUGUAAAUAAAAUAGAAAUCAGCUCUAAUAAAUGUUUAAAUCUGACCUAAUGUGACUAAGCCAAAUGUAAAUAAAAUUUGAAAACUAUCACAAAGACUCAAA